UUUUGUUUCGUCAUAUGUUCAUUACAUUGGGUACUUGUUAAUAUAUUCUUCGUUUGUUAGACUUUUAUUGGUCACCGUGGUCGUCACAUUUUGUGCUGAGCAUCUUACCUCCAUCGAGGAACUACAGCCCGGUAUCCCAUCUCGAAAGCCUUCGUUGGUGUUAUCUUGUUGCCGAUCGUGGGAAAUGCAUCAUGGCCCUCAACUCCAAGGAGGCCUUACUCAAGGCGCUACAACUGUCGCCUGAUCUUGACGAUGAGGUAAUCAGCCAAAACAUCUCCGCCAUAAUAACAGUCGCAGUCGACGAUGAAACAUACCAGCCAUCUCUCAAGACCGUAUAUGACAGUAUUCUUCAAUAUCACGGGGGUCUAGUCUUUCUUGAACCCCUUGACGUCCUACCUCCUCUCCUUCGGUGCCGCCGCGAAGAGGCCGUUGACCUCAUUAGCCUAAUUUCCGAAAACAGUAGUCCAAAGGAGGUACUAAUUGUCGUUCAAGAAGCUCUGGAACAAAUAACCCAGCUAGCCCGCGAAGACGAAGCCGAAGAGGAGUCCGAAGAGGAGUAUGCUCCUGGGUCUGUACGGACUCUCAUCAACGUUAUCGUGUUGUCUACAAAAUCUCUACCUAGGUUAACUCUUGGAAAGAGAACUGCGCUGAGCGCAGUCUCACCCUUGGUUUCCGGCGUUAUUUCAGCGGUUUCUUCGCUAGGACGUGACUUCACGCUGGAUAGCGGUCGUUCAUUACUUGAAGGGGUCUCUCGCAUGUCACAGGUGUUCUACACAUGGAUAAUCAAAACAGGCAGCGAAGCAAAUGCUGCGGAGGCAAGGAAACUCAUCACGCUACUUCUCGACACGACUGUUUUAGCGUGCGCGUCGUGUAUCAGGGCAUCAUUAUGUGCCAGAGCUUUCGAGAUGCACUAUCCUCGUCUUACACUGACUUCUGCAAUCGAACCCGAGUGGCAAGAAGGUGAGCACGCCAUUCUGAGCAUACUGACCACCCUUCGGGUGAUGAACCUGUCACCACAGGAUGUCCCGGCAAUGAGUUCCCUGAUCAUGCUCGCUCACGAAAAGGAAAGCUAUCCUUCACUGAAAGAUCUACCCUCCACGUUGCACUCGAUGCUCGUGACUUCAAUUCAGAUGAAUUUCGCCUUGGACGAAUCUCUCUUCCUUAUCUUUCGUUGCGUCACGCAAGAUCGCACACAGCCUGAUCUCCCACCUGACCUCGCUACGUCGCUAUGCGUAGUUCUACCUGCUUUGGCAAGCACCCAUCUUGAUCCGUUUAUCAGGCACUUCAGUCUCCGGCUAAUUGCACUGAUUCUUGCACGACUACCAUCUGUGUUUCAGCAACAGAUCUUGAUAACCCUAGCAUCUGGCGCGGAGCUUCCCCAGAUGCGGGCAGCUGCCGUUGGUCUUCUCAAGGAAUUCGUUUUAGACGCACUACAGAUCCCCGCAUUGUCGGGCGAACAAAAUGUCUUUGCGUCGCCACUGCUCAUAAGAUCCUUCGGACCGAUCCUGUUCAGGACAAUGCCGUCUGAUUACUUGUCAACAGAGGUACUAUCAUUUUACUAUGUACUACUACAACGGGACAAGGCCAAUAAGACUGGUAUACGAGAUCCGGAUAACAUCGCGAGCGUAGAAUCGUCUCUACUGCGGCCUUUGCGCUCUUUUCUAGAAAAAUGGUCGAACACUACAGCUAAUCCAAUUCUUUCUGUAAUCUCCCUGCAGAUUGGCCUGGAAAGAAUAGACUACGCUGUCCAGACCAUUCGAAGCCGGUAAUUAAGCAACAUGGUUCACUUAGGUCGCCGAGUGCUCGAAGUGGAAUGAUUCUCGAGUUACACAAGUACAAGGACUCGGCUGCCGGCCCUCAUUCUGUGUUCAUGAAGUUACGAAGGCGUAGGUACUCAGUAGCAAGUCAGGAAAUACAAUAUUCGCAGUCUUGUUCUUCGUUCGCCUCUGAAAAUAAGCACAACGUGUCUCUUCGCAUUCUUACUC